AUGAAUGCACAGAAGGGGACCCACAACUGUCGACAAAAUUCCACGUGUGCCAAUAAUAACGGAUCAUUCACCUGUCCAUGCAACAUCGGAUAUACUGAUGUAGCCGGUGUAUGCACAGCAUGUAGCGACAAUAAAUAUGGGAAUGGCUGUAACACGCCGUGUAACUGCAACACCACCAACGCGUUGGUUUCAACGCAGACUUGCAAUCAUGUGAAUGGCACGUGCUUGUGCAAUGCCCAAUGGGAAGGUGCGACGUGUGAAGCCGAUAUAGACGAAUGCAAGCUGGGUACUCACAAUUGUCGACAAAAUUCCACGUGUGCCAACAAUAACGGAUCAUUCACCUGUCCAUGCAACAUCGGAUAUACUGGUGUUUCCGGUGUAUGCGAAGCUUGCGUGGAUGGCAAUUGGGGUGUACAGUGUAAUAGGAGUUGUGAAUGCGUAGCUAACAACACACAAACCCCCUGUGACAAAGUAACCGGUGUUUGCACCUGCAAGACUGGGUGGAAGGGAACCACGUGUGGUGAGGAUCGAGAUGAAUGCACAGAAGGGACCCACAACUGUCGACAAAAUUCCACGUGUGCCAAUAAUAACGGAUCAUUCACCUGUCCAUGCAACAUCGGAUAUACUGAUGUAGCCGGUGUAUGCACAGCAUGUAGCGACAAUAAAUAUGGGAAUGGCUGUAACACGCCGUGUAACUGCAACACCACCAACGCGUUGGUUUCAACGCAGACUUGCAAUCAUGUGAAUGGCACGUGCUUGUGCAAUGCCCAAUGGGAAGGUGCGACGUGUGAAGCCGAUAUAGACGAAUGCAAGCUGGGUACUCACAAUUGUCGACAAAAUUCCACGUGUGCCAACAAUAACGGAUCAUUCACCUGUCCAUGCAACAUCGGAUAUACUGGUGUUAUCGGUGUAUGCGAAGCAUGUAGCGACAAUAAAUAUGGGAAUGGCUGUAACACGCCGUGUAACUGCAACACCACCAACGCGUUGGUUUCAACGCAGACUUGCAAUCAUGUGAAUGGCACGUGCUUGUGCAAUGCCCAAUGGGAAGGUGCGACGUGUGAAGCCGAUAUAGACGAAUGCAAGCUGGGUACUCACAAUUGUCGACAAAAUUCCACGUGUGCCAACAAUAACGGAUCAUUCACCUGUCCAUGCAACAUCGGAUAUACUGAUGUUUCCGGUGUAUGCGAAGUAACCGGUGUUUGCACCUGCAAGACUGGGUGGAAGGGAACCACGUGUGGUGAGGAUCGAGAUGAAUGCACAGAAGGGAACCACAACUGUCGACAAAAUUCCACGUGUGCCAAUAAUAACGGAUCAUUCACCUGUCCAUGCAACAUCGGAUAUACUGAUGUAGCCGGUGUAUGCACAGGCACCUUUUACUUCCCCCUCAACACAGUCUUCUACUUCCACACAGACACCUACAACAUCUCUGGCAUCUUCUUCAACACAGUCUCCUACUACAACUCAGCCGUCUACUACAACACAGACACCUACUACAACUGCAGCUCCCGAGAUUCCAUCACGUGUCGAGGUUACAGCACUGACUUCAAGGGGGCCGUUUGCAUCGCGCCUUAUUUUGCAAAUCUAUUGGUGAAACGCGAUGAGUUGUUUUACCAUUCGUACGACUUUGCAACAGUUAGCAACGCUAAUGUGAGUGCUAAUGUGAAGGGCUUCGUUAAGGCAAGCUAUGGCGAGGCAAACUUCGAGCCCAUCUAUGUGCUGAAAGCCACGUGGAAUGCGGCAACACGAGUUGGAGGAAAUGAUAACGUUACGUUCCAAGUCGUAUUUACAACCAACGGGACUAAUUCGUACUCGUUCAGCUCGUACCCUAAUGGCAGAAUGUUUGAUACGUUUGGCUCACCAUUUAUUGGUUACAUCGCUAAUGGUGACUACGAGGGCCUUGACAACACAGCCGACGGCAGCUAUUUACGUCGAGCUGAUCAAAAUCUAAAAUUUAAUAAACAAUACAAAGGUGCCGUCAGUUUUGAUUACACAAUUAAGACGAAUAUUGAAGAUAACGAUGAACUAGCGUGCAAAGUCUGGAACAAGAAAGAGAAAUCCAAGGCACACCUGUAUGCGAAAAUUGCAUUGGGAAUGCCUUCAUGUGCCUAUGAUGUCUUCUCAUAUUCUUUCAUCGGAUUUGGGCAAGAAGCCGGAACCUUUGCUUCUGUCAAUCAGUUGAUCGAUCCCCGCAGCCAUCGGUUGGAGGACCUGCACUACAGGGAUGUGUGUUGUGAGAGGACAGACCUCUGUGACCUGUACUGGGAAGUCAGGCCUCUUGUUUCGCAAUGUUAUUCGUUGUUCCCGUUCUCGCUGCGAGCCCGAGGAGUCGGUGAUCCUCACUUCAACACGUUAGAUGGCGCAAACUUCACCUUCAACGGCCAUGGCGAAUACGUGAUGCUGAAAGUAAGUGAACAAGAUGUAGCCCUCCAAAUCCAGUGCCGAACACAGAGAGCGAAAAAAGCAACUGGGGAUCUCUCCGACGCUACCGUGUUCUCCGGCUUUGCUAUACAAGGCGAUGGUGUCUGGAUGCAAGUGGAGCUGAACGAGGCAGGGAACAUGACACAGCUUUUCGUGGGCACGAAUAAAACCUCGUGGGCCGACUACACGAAUGACUACUACAACCCUGAAACUAUGGUCAUCAAAUCGGUCACUGGACUGACCGUAUCAAGGAACAUGUCUGAGAAAACGAUUUCGGCUUUCUUCAGUGAUUCAGGUGUAACAUUCAAUGUCACAGAAGGAAACGGGCUUCUUCAGAUGGCGAUCGCGAUGCCAAACACUUUGAAAAACAAGAAGACCGUUGGGUUGCUGGGCAACUACAAUGACAAUGAUAAAGAUGACUUCAUACCACGUGGGAUGACUAACGCCAGCGAGUCAAUUUUCAAGUAUGGAGACGGCUUCACCCACGCAAAUUUCAUACAAACGAACUUUACUCCGAAAUUCCUGGAGGAAGCCAACGCUACAUUACGAGCGGAAGCAGAUAAGAAGUGUAGUGGUAACCUUCAGUGUGUGUUUGAUUUUGUCUUCACCGGGAAUGAGCAACUCGCAAAGGAGACCGGAAGUACUGAAGAAAAGGCGGUACGAACAAAUGAGGCAGCAAGCAAUCGAAUCCCGAAUAUAACUAUGGUGGCAGGAGCACAGGUGGUGGGCAACAAGAACAUUUGGACACUUAACGUCAACGAAUCAAGAUCAAUCACAGUCAAAGGAGAAGACGAUGGAAGCAUAUUAAAUUACUUAGUGCUCGGCAACUCCGGUGCUACGCUUGGCAUGGAACAAGCGGACAAGUCUAUGAACGUCACGUUAAAAUUGACAGACACUAGUCCGAAGGAUUUGAGUGUCACUGUCACUGACAGCAAGAAUGUGAGCGCUCCCAUUCUGGACAUCGUCCUCGUGGUGUGUUCUCUGUGUAGCAGUCACGGCACGUGCAACACGAGCGUGUUGAGAGAAGCCCAUGGCAAUCCUAACUACAAAUUAGCAACAUGCCAAUGCGAGCCGUACUGGACAGAUAUCAACGAGUGUGAAGAGUCAACUAGCGGCUGUGACCAAGUCUGCAACAACACCCAGGGCAACUCCACAUGCUCCUGCUUUCCCGGCUACACCUACAAUUCAUCCUCAAACCAAUGCAUGCAAGAUACGCCACCGCCAAACAGCGUUUGCAUAGGCCAAUGUAACGGUACAGACGGAUGUUUUGUGGAUAACAGCUUACCCAAAUGUUUCUGUAAAGCUGGAUACCAGCUGAACGUUAACAACACGGGUUGCGAAGACAUCGACGAAUGUCAGAGGCCAGAUCUGAACACGUGUAGUCAGGAGUGUACCAACACGACCGGUGGAUUCACCUGCUCCUGUCGGGAAGGAUACAUAGUUAACCAGGACGACACGACAAAGUGCAUAGAUUUCGACGAGUGCCAAGCCGGGGUGUCAGGUUGUCAACAUAUGUGCUCGAACAGUGUCGGACGCUUCAGCUGUGAAUGUUACUUUGGUUUUGAACUACAGGCAGACCGCAAGAAAUGCGUUUUAGCGAAUGACGUGUGCAAGAAAGAGUUCCCAGACAACGGCUGCUCGGACAUUUGUAGAGCGGACUUGCAAAACAAGACCUACAAGUGCCUAUGUAACACCGGUUACAAGCUUGGUGCCAACAACAAAACAUGCAUAGAUCUAAACGAGUGUGAAGAUAAAAUGUUGAAUGCAUGCAAUCAAACCUGUACUAAUACACUUGGUGAUUACACUUGCGCGUGCAAUACGGGCUUUAAACUGGCAAACGACCGUCGCUCUUGUGAAGGAUGUGAUCCUUUUCACUAUGGUGUCAACUGCUCUACCGCGUGUAACUGCGGUGUGGGAGCCGAGAGGUGUGACAGCGUGACAGGAUGCGUAUGCAAGCAGGGCUGGAGCGGCGCUCAGUGCAACAUCGAUCAAGAUGAGUGCGCGGAUCUAAACAGAUGUCCGGGAAGUGACACGAUGUGCACCAACACACCCGGCUCGUACCUGUGUAGCUGCAAGACUGGGUUUAAAGAAGUGAAUGCAGCCUGCGUUGAUAUAAACGAAUGUGUGGAGUCUAAUGAUUGUAGGCAGAUUUGCACGAACACACAGGGCAUUUACGAGUGCAGUUGUAAUCCAGGUUACGUGCAAAAUGGCAAAGAGUGCACAGACAUUGAUGAGUGCACAAACGGUCAGGCUAAAUGUGCUCAGAUAUGCACAAACACUGAUGGCGGCUUCCGUUGCUCGUGCAACGAAUUUUACAGGCUUGGCGACGACAAAAGGACUUGCUUACCGCAGCAAAAUUGUUCCACAUCAAACUAUUGUGCAAAUGGUGUUUGCGCCUUGAUAAAUGCCAGCCAAACAUGUACAUGCAAUGCAGGCUUUAAGUUCAAGACAGGGAGCGUAACUGAAUGCGAAGAUAUUAAAGAAUGUUUCACAAAUCCCUGCUCGCAAUCGUGCUUGGAGACAGGAGGCAGCUAUGAAUGCGCCUGUAACCUGACGGGUUACACGUUGGACAAAGACCAGAAGACUUGUAUACAAUGUCCCGCUCAAAACUACGGUGCAAACUGUACUUCUGUAUGUUCAUGCAAUAAAACAAACACGUUGUCAUGUGCAUUUGACACUGGCAACUGUUCCUGUAAGCCAGGUUGGAAUGGCACCAACUGCGAUCUAGACAAUAACGAGUGUGACUCAAACCCAUGUACUGCAAAUUCAGCAUGCACAAACACGGCAGGGUCGUAUGUUUGUAACUGCAAUGAUGGCUAUAUUAAAUCUGUAGAUGGGACAUGUCAAGUUUGUCCAUCCUGGAAAUAUGGCGUCGGAUGCGCAAGAGACUGUGGGUGUAACACAACCAAUUCGCUUAGUUGCUCUAACACUAAUGGAACAUGUACUUGCAAAAAUGGAUGGGAAAAAGACAGCUGCACCACGGACGUCAAUGAAUGCGAAGCUAACAAAACCAUUUGCGGCGACUCUUUGAAGACUUGCAAGAACGAGCUUGGGUCCCAUACAUGCGAUUGUCGCGAUGGUAAUACAUUGAUAGCCAAUGAAUGCAUAGAUAAAGACGAGUGUUUGGAAGAUACUCAUAAUUGCACUCAGAAGUGUACAAAUAAUCCUGGGGGAUUUGAAUGUGGAUGCAACCCUGGCUACAGUGGUACAGGAAACACUUGCAGUGCUUGCGUGGAUGGCAAUUGGGGCGUACAGUGUAACAGGAGUUGUGAAUGCGUAGAGACCAACACACAAACCCCAUGUGACAAAGUCACCGCUAGUUGCAACUGCAAGACUGGGUGGCAUGGAACCACGUGUGGUGAAGAUCGAGAUGAAUGCAAAGAUGGGACCCACAUGUGUGGACAAUAUGCCACGUGUGUCAAUAAUAACGGAUCAUUUACCUGUCCGUGCAACAUGGGAUAUACUCAUGUUUCCAACGUUUGCACAGUUUCAUCGAAGGCUCGGGAAGGUUCGGGAUAA